CUGUGGAUCGCACUUAGCCCAACGCCAUGGAAGCUUCGAAGGAAGCUCCCCUAGUGGCUCGGCUGCUGCUGAUGCCAAUGUUUUGCUGCUGCUGAUGAUGGCGGACGCCAAGAAAUGCAACGUGGCAAAGUUUGGCUGCUACGACAUUGCUUCACUUCCAGACAGCUGCAAGACCACCAUUGCUUCACUGAUGGCCUGAUGGCCUGAUGGCUGGCUCCCUGCAGGGUCCCGUCGAUGAACAUCGUAAGGAUAUGAAUUUGCAGUUCUCUGCCAGUUGGGAGCAGAAAGAGGCGGCUUGUCCAGUGGAGUCCAGUCACUUCGCCCAGAAUGAGGGAGGUGUGGAUGGCCGCUGGAUGGCCGUCGACGUUUUGGAGCUGGCGGAGAAACGCCAAGUGCUGCCCUGCGAUGAGGCGACCGAGUUAGCACGAAGCUGGUUCACGGAGGUGACUGACGACAGCCAAGAGCUUCCGGCAGCGCUGCCGGACGCCGUCGUGCAACGCGCGGUGUUGCGGCGUAAGGCGAUGGCGGCGACGGCGUUGGGGGAACUCCAUGGGUUGUACUUGUGCGAGAUGCGGCCCCUAGCGGAGAGGUGCAGCACAAGCUGCGCCAGCCGCUGGCCUCUCGCCCUCUGGGGCCAAGAAGAUGGGCUUUUCAUCGGGGGCCCAGGAAGUGGCAAAGGUCUGCAUGUGGAUCAACGCCCGGAGAGCAAUGUUGGAAAGCAGUGGCAGGGCAGGAAGCUCUUUGCUGCGUGGCCCGUAGAGUGCGAGAAGGUCAUGGAGGAGUGCUAUGGUGAAGUCUUUUCCUCUCCCACUGCCAAGCAGAUGAAGGCCUUGGAGCAAGCGACGCAACUGUUCAUCCUGGAAGCCGGCGAUCUCUUUCUCUUCAACGGCCAGAUGCCCCACACGGCUCUGUGUCUUCCUGGUGAGUUGAAUGUGACCUCCUAUGAGGGCUUUCAAAGUCUUCAUCCAGAUCACAUAGCACAAUUCCUGUCCGUGGCUGACCACUUUCGAGGUCCAUGGCAACGAGUGGGCCAGGAGUGGAAAGAUGAACUGCAGCAGCAACUGCGAAGUCUUCAGGAGGAGCUCCAAAGAGCGGGCGAAGAUGUGGCCGCUGCCAGUGAGGCCUUGAAGCUACUGGAGGACUCAGGCGUGGAGCCAGCAGCAAAGCGGCCGAAGAAAAAAAAAAUCACGGAACCGGGGGCGAAUCGCCGGCGGAACCAUAUGGAUGGUGGCUCACCCCAGUGGGGUAAGGUAUACUACCUGGUUAUUACCUCACAUGGAUCCUUCAACGUCAACAACCCUUUUGCGCCUCCUGGCGGCAGUUUCGCGGACUUGAUGUACGGCGACUUCUUCGACCGCAACGAGAAGCCGUACAUGCGAGCCACGGACCCUGCUAAGACGCAACUCAUGUUUGAGGAAGCUUUGGAGGAGUACAACAGCAUGAACCCGAGCAAGAUGAACUUGGUGUUCUUCAAGGAUGCUCAAGAACAUUUGGCGCGAUCUGCUCGCAUCAUCCGACAACCUCGAGGCAAUGCCUUGUUGGUGGGCGUCAGUGGUGUGGGACGGAAGAGCAUGGCGCGCAUGGCAGCGCAUAUGGCUGAGGUGGCACCGUGUUUUAUCCAGCAAAGAAUGGGAUGGCAAGGUCAUGAGUACAGCGCCACGGGCCUUUGCAAUCGCUUCAGCUGUCCAUUGGCCAAUGGCCAAUAUGCUACAGUUUCGAAGAAGGGUGCAUGCUAUUGUCUUCACCAAAAGACAGCUGAAGAUACCUGGAGCUCUGUGAAGCUUUGCAAGAAGCCAGCAGCUUCUGCAAGUCGUUUGGAUCGGCUGCUGGCUUCGAUGCCCUCCGUCUUGGAGCGUGCAAAGCUUCGUCUCCAAGCCUUAGCGGAGGGCCUGCCGAGCUCCGGUCAUCUCGGCUCCAAUUUUGGCCAGGUGGUUGUGAACAAGAAGGUUGAGAAAAGGGAGAUGAAGAGGGAAAGGAAGGCCGAGGCCAAUGCUCGGGUGGAAGAUUCCAUUGGUCAGGAGCUUCUGCGACGGCGGCAGCAAGGACUCUACGCGUCAACCAGGUCCCAGCCACAGACAUUGGAGAUGGAGGACCUGAGCGAGCCACGUAAAGAGGUGCCGAGCAAGAGGAAAGUGAAGAGAAAACCUUUAGCCAAGCGAAAACAUGUGGAAGUUGAAUAUGAAGAAGAGCUGCACAUCAACAGGAUCAACGGCCACACUCUGUGA